AUGUCUAAAUGUGAGCUAAUCGAGCUUAAGGACCUCAGUGUAAAUGAUCCCAUCGAGCUGGCUGCUCCUGCAGCACGCACAGCCCCGACACCCCUAAACCCAGGCCAGCCCUGCUCCUUCCAUGUCGUUCGCCUGGUUGGAGACAGCGUCAGCAUCGAGGCACCCGGGUGUCAGAGAGGAGAGGCUGGAGUGGGUCAUGACUUCCGGCCCUACAGUCACACUCAUCUCACCUGGUGUGACCUGUGUGGAGAAUUCAUCUGGGGCCUUUAUAAGCAGAGUUUACGCUGUGCCAACUGCAGUUACACCUGUCACUACCGCUGCCGACCAUUCAUCCAGCUGAACUGCAGCACAGAUGGAAGUUUGUUAACAGACCAGGCAGAUUUCUCUGACGACUCCAUUGAGACAGACACAAACGUGGUGAGGAACAAAGCUCCAAUCACAAAUUUUGUACAGAAAGCUGAUGAACAGAUCGAUUUGGGUAAACAGGAGUUAAGUGUUGGUGAGAUUCAGCAGAAGGUCAAGGAGUAUAAUGCUCAGACCAACAGCAAUCUGUACAUGAUGGUUAAUAAAGAGGGGUUCUACACUGGUUUCAUCAAGGUCCACUUUCAGUUACUUCGACCGAUCUCCCUCCCUCCUCCUCAGAGCCUGUGCUCGACACUAGAGGAAGAUCAGCAGGGAAGACGGAUGAGACGGCGGACAUCUUUCUACCUCCCUAAAGAUACUGCAAAACACCUGCAUAUAAGCUCCCAGACACGGGUACGGGAAGUCAUCGAGGCAUUGCUCAACAAGUUCACCAUGGUGGACAACCCAGCCAAGUUUGCCCUGUUUGAACGCACUGAGAAACAAAGCCAAGUGUACAUGCGUAAACUGUCUGAUGAUGAAUAUCCACUCUACUUACGCUUGUGUGCUGGCCCCAGUGAAAAAGUCCUGAGUCUGGUUUUGAAAGAAAAUGAAACGGGAGAUGUCAAUUGGGAUGCAUUUAGCUUUCCUGAGUUGUGCAACUUUCUGCGAAUCCUGCAGCGUGAGGAAGAAGAGCGUGUCCGGCAGAUUGUGAAGCGCUACGCUCUUGCUAGAGAAAAGAUCAAGCAGGCCAUCACGAGGAUUACUACUCCUGGUUGACUCGGAGUGAUGCAAGUAUGAUGGCUCGAUGAGAAAAUCCACAGCGAUGUAAAAAGGGCGGAAGAGCUCAGACAAUGACAUUGUUUUGAAAAAAGGUUGUUUAAGAAGUAGGGAUACUGUUGUUACAUCUAGUGUGAACCACGUAAAGGCGCUGCCACUUUUUGUCCAAGUUAAGCCACUGUUGUGAACUGGAUUGGCAAAAAAAUACAACAAAAAUGACCAUGGACUUAAUUCAU